AAUAUAAGUAAUUAUUUCCAAUCCAUUUCACUCUGCAGUUGCUUAUGUGUGCAUUUUGAAUAACCGCUUGCGAUGUUCCGGAUGUCGCCCAAUCGCGCAAAGGCCCAUGUUCAGCCACCUUCAGGAGAAACCGUACUGCCUAUUCUUUACAAUGCACUUCCAUAUUCCGCCCCGCUCUAUGGGCGAUUGAGGUUCCAUCAUAGAAGUCCUUCAAGUCAUGUCUUUGCUUCCUUUCCCCCAUCAUUACAGUCGGUCAAUCUGGACAAUUCUAUGAUUCCAAGAUGCUACGCAAUCGCCUUCCUCGAUCGUACGAGAAGACCAGAAACGGAAUGCUGGCUAUUCACAAGUGGUGAAGUUCCAAAUCGAUGCUCGCUGAGCUCACAAGCGAAGCACUGCGAUGAUUGCAAGGCUGCCCUCGUCGCUGUGCUGGACGCUGUUUUUUCGUCAAACGUUCCGGAAAGUAACCACAGCGCUGAAACAAUGAAGCAGGCAAGCCCAGAAAUGCAACGGGCUCUCAAAGGCGAAAUUAUGCUCCUGGGCGCUGUCAAUGAGGUGACGGCGAAGAUUGUAUGGGAGGCUACCGCAAACACGUCCACUUCAGCGCCUGCUGAUAGGGCUGAAGUCCCUUACCUGAAGUAUCUCUUCCGACCAGAGGCUCUACCCCGGAGUCAAGACUUACCCACAGGCUUUAAAUGGGGAAAAGUGCGCAGAGAAGAAUUUGCGCUUGUUCGUAGCCGUACGUCAAUACCUCGUCAGGACCAGACGCUAACGCUGCUGCCUUCAAUGGCCAUAUUCCCUGACGAUGGUGAAAAUCAUGCUCCAAUCGCGUGGGCAUUUCUAGGCCCAGAUGGGAGUUUGAUCAGUUUGCACACGGAGCCGGAAUUUAGAGGAAAAGGCUUUGCGAAGUCUCUGGCUAGCAAGUUGUUUAGGGAAGGUGAUUUUGUGACACAGACGAAAUCGAAUCCGGCUUAUUCUACCGUCUGGUACCAUGCCGACGUGGCUCUGGACAACAACUCAAGCCGCCGGGUGUGCAAGGGACUUGGCGGCGAGGAAGCAUGGAUUGUUUAUUGGAUCCGAGUUGAUUUAAAAGCAUUGAAAGACCCGAUAUGCUGAAUUACACAAAAUAGG